UUUUCCACAGAGGAAAAGGAAUUGUAUUUUAUGUCCACUAUCCAGAACCUCCACUCUUUCGACCCCUUUGCUGAUGCAAGUAAGGGUGAUGAUCUGCUUCCUGCUGGCACUGAGGAUGAUAUCCAUAUAAGAAUUCAACAGAGAAAUGGAAGGAAGACCCUUACUACUGUCCAAGGGAUCGCUGAUGAUUACAAUAAAAAAAAACUAGUGAAGGCAUUUAAGAAGAAAUUUGCCUGCAAUGGUACUGUAAUUGAGCAUCCAGAAUAUGGAGAAGUGAUUCAGCUACAGGGUGACCAGUGCAAGAACAUAUGCCAGUUCCUUGUAGAGAUUGGAUUGGCUAAGGACAACCAGCUGAAUGUUCAUGGGUUUUAAGUGCUUUUGGCUCACUGAAGCUUAAGUGAGGAUUUCCUUGAAAUGAGGAGAAUUUCCCUUCUAUCCCUUGUCACAAGUUAAAAAAUCUGU